AUGUAUCAUCUCAAGUUACAACACCAGAGGAUGACUCUACUGUGGUUAACAGUCACCACGACGAUAGUUCUAUCAAUCGGUCUGAAAUGCGUCGGCUGGAUAGCGCCCAUCGAGAAGGAGCACAACUACUUCUGGGAGACAUACAAACGCCCGAACCCACAGCUGGACUGCGGGGAGACGCUCGACAACUCGAGAACCAUGACCCCGGACUUCCGCGAGGAGGAGCCGCCCUGGACCGCGCACACCUGGAAGUACAGGGAACAUAACAGACCAUACAGGCUGUCUCCAUACUGGCAGAUGACGAAAAAGUUUUCCAGACAUGAUAUACCGUCGACCCUCGGUUGCGGGUGCUGCGUGGUGUACAAGCGCCUGACGCCGCUGAGCGCGUGCGCCGUGAUCACCUCGCGCCACUUCCUCACGUCCGCCUCCUCCGUGGCGCUGGUGCUGAGCGGCCACGGCCACCUCAAGACCCUGGAAAACAUCCUGGGCGUGUGGUACGACCACGGCCAGAAUGUUGGCAACAGCAGCUUCUACGCUUCCAUAGCUCGCAUUCACUACCAUCCGCAAUUCAGUCGUCCGGAGCUGGUGAACCGCUCCCACCCGCUGCCGGCAGUGUUCGACCUGGCCGUGAUGGCGUCCACUUACAACGUCUACGGCUACUACCUGUGGACCAGUAGUGCACCCAUCUGUCCCAGGGGGGCGGGACAUACGUGGGAGGCGUAUCCACCGACGCCCAGGGACGAGAUGGUGUUUGCUGUAGGCUACCAGUUCAUGUGGGCCACAAAGAGAAAGCCAACGCCCUUCCAUAAGUAUUUCGUUCGUACAAGGGAUUACGUUGUAUGUCCAAAGACGGAAUGGGGCUGGUUCAUAUGUCUGACGUCGCACCAGUGGGCACGCUUCGGCAUGGACUCCGGCGGGCCGCUAUUCCGCUGCUUCGAGGGCUACAGCUGGCGAUACGACGGCCUCGUGGCCAUGCACUCCUUCGGCAUGAAGCUGCGAUCCGACGACAUGCUGCUCUACUACACCAUCCUCGAUUGCUACCCAGUGCUGGACUUUCUGUACCAAGCUUAUAAUGGAAAGUUACCGUAUGAGUACCUAGACUUCAGGUUCGACGACACGCAGUGGGGAGCUCCCAGACCGAAGAAGUGGGCGUACAUUAAAGCUGAUUAUACGUUGGGCUCGGACUUCCCUACGGAGAAGAGGUGGUGGUGA